CCCGCCACCCCGCCGCCCCGCCGCACGCCCCGCCACGCACCUCUCAUACGCGCCGCUUGCGCAACGCACCACAAAACGCAAAGGUCGACGCUAUUGGCAUUUAAACGCUCUCUGACAUUAGGAGACGUUGCAUUAGAAUGUGAUGCUUCCUCGUGCCUGAGCUUGUAUUUCGCAACGUGAGAGAGAGGUCCAGCCCCAGUCCCGUCAGUCGCCGGCGCCCGCUCCGCCGCCAUGCACGCCGCCGCCAUAUGUUUGCUGGUAUGUACCAUCUACUCGGCCUACGCCGACGUAGACAUCAUCACAGAGCCGAGGCCCGGCGAGGAGUACGUCCUGGUGAGCUCCGGGCAGCAGACGCCCAUCAGGAACUUCGAGACUUCCCACAAGAUCCCCGAGAAGCACCCGCAGCGAGUGACGAGGCCUGAAGAUGGCCCCGACAAGGUCAUCAAGAAGUUCCACAGCGUGAAAAGUUCCGUCAGACAUUCUGCCGAAGGCAUCGUCGCCAUCGGAGAAGACAAGCGGGUCUUGCACAAGAAAGGAUACAAGGGGAAAGUAGCCGACACGAUUGAGGUAGAUACACCUGUAUCGAAGUUGGAAGAUAUAAAAAUUUCUGAAAACGUACAGAAUGGAGAAACCAACCCUGAGAUGGCAGUUGCUCUGGAGGCGAUGUCCGAGUCCGGCAAGCUGGGCGGCGGCGCCGGCACCACCACGCAGCGGCCGGUGCUGACCACCGCCGUCCCGCCUACCACCACGCACGGCUACGACUACGUGCCAAUCAACUUCGACAGCAUCGACGACAUCAACAGCGGCCUUCUCUCCUCCGACGUCAAGUUGGAAACCGCUGGCUCUGAACAAAAGCAACACUCGCGUAUUCAAAUAAAGAAGGGCCCCAACGGUCAAGAUUACGAGUACGAGUACAUUUACUACUACUACGACGAGGAAGAUGGCGGCAAGGGCAAGGACAAGUCUUCGUCGACGACUGCGGCUCCGGUGCACAACGCUCACGACGGACCCCAGAAGGUGGAGACUGAGAACCACAUUGCGAAAGAGACGAAGGGAAGAAACAAGUACAGUUCGAUCGACCGGAGCGGGUCGACCACGCCCGCCGCGACGCCCGCCACUGAGAACGAGGUGCUCCCGGCGUCAGGGCGAGGCCGCCAGAGAGGCCGCACCAUCGCCCCUGCACCCGUCAAUGAAGAAAUUGUUGAAGACAGGCUACCAUCAAGCACCCGUUUCCCUCCCCGUGGCCGCAACCUUGGAAGCAGCAGCACCACCUACGUCCCAGAGGUUUCUUCGGAGGCUGUCAAGCAGCAGCGAGGCAGACCACAGUCUGACAGUGUGGCUGAUGAGUCCAUAGGCCAGACCAGGAGCAGGACCCGGGCUCAUAUCAGGCGUCCCAGCUCAGAGUUGGUCGACCUAGAUAGCUUCAAAACAAAUUCCGGAGAUAUCCCUAGCCAAUACAAGGAACUCCCAUCAAGGUACUCUUCUGAGAGCAAAACCACUACUGACGUUGCCGAGACCAAAGAGCCCCUGCACACCAAAGAUGCGCCGAGGGAAGGCCACAGCAUCUCCAACAUAGUCAGGUUCCAAGAAGUAUUGGACAGCUCGAAGCUGCCAGCUGACUACAAGACCACGACCACGGCGGACCACGACACUACCGAGUACACCACGAUGACCGCUAUGGAGAAGGUGGCUCUGGACUUAUACGCUUACCUGGCUGGGGAGAACCUGAACAACGAGAUCAACCCGACCGUGGAUGACUUAUCCACAUUCGACGGAUCCACGACCGUCGAGGACGACACGUUCACCACCGAGGCUCUGAGCACGACGGAGGAGGCGACCACGCCGACCACCACGACUACGACCACCACUACCACGACCACGACCACGGAGGCCCCGACCACGACCACCGCCGCGCCGUCUACACGCCCCUCAAGAUUCAAGAUCCGCAGCGGAGCCAGGGGACGCGCUUCCUCCACCACCAGCACCACCACGGAAGCCGCCGUCGAAACAUCCACUAAAGUCAGAGGACGCUUUGGAAAGCCCGGUAUUGGAGGACGAAGGACCACAGCGGCGGCGGCGGCCCCAGUCGAGGGAUCCUCAACCACUGCUGCCUCCGUAGAGAGAGCCACGGCAGCCACUAAGCAAGCGUUCGGUCGCCGCGGCCUGUUCGCCGGUCGCACUCGCCCCGCAUCCACCACAUCUGCGCCUGCGCAAGACGGGUCUGCCCCCGCGCCCGCCGCAGACGCCCCCGCCGCCCCCGCCGCACCACAGCGCGCGCUCCACCGGCCGACCCUGCGUCGCCUGACCACCAGCACCGCGGCCCCGGCCCCCGAGGGCGACGCCGCUGAGACCGAGGACCAGACUUCGGAGACCACCACCGCCAGCACUAGGACUAUUGGCCGCCGUCCCGGCCUACGCCCCCUGCGCCCGGGCCCCCGACUGAACCUGGCGCCGCGCCCCAACCCGCGCCUCCGCGGAGCCAGCCCGGCCCCCGAGGCGGUGUCUGAAGCACCCGCCGAGACCGCAGCCCCUGAGGCCGGCAGCACUGAUGCUGAUACCGAGGGUCCAUCAUCAACCGCCGCCCCCGAGGCCCCACACCGCGGUGUGAAGCUGCGCCACUCCCUGAUCCCGCCGUCCCCCAAGCCCAGGGUGGCCGUGACCGCGCCGCCCAGACGCCCCAACCCGCUGCUGCGACGCAAGCAGGCCACCACUGAGGCAACCACAGAGCCAGCGAAGAAGGCCGAAGAGGAAGAGCCCACCACCGUGGCGGACCGCUCAGCCACUGAGGGCGAGGAGGUGGCCGCGGAGACCACGCCGGCGCCACCCCUGAGGGGACUGGACGCCCUGUACGCCAGGAGACGCCAGGCUCAGGCCGCCCGCGCCCGGCCCGCCAAGCGCAGUGCUUGAGCCAACCACCACUAGCCCUUAACCACUGCACUGUCUAAUGAAACGGAGUGUUGUAACGUUGCUAUUCUAAUUUCGUAGGCGCGUUAUGUGAUUGUUUAUCUUAUGCAGCAGUUACAAUGCUUUGAAACAUUAGACAGUGAGCCGUCAAGUAACCGAUGUGAUAUCCCUUUAGCAAGUUACCUGCAAGGACCUUUUUAGCAAGUUUUGUUCAGUUUCCUGAAAGAUUUUCUCCUGGUCUACUUGGCUCUGGUUGAGGGCAGAACUUUAGGUCAACAGAACCAAAUAUUUGUAAGACAAGACCUCCAACCCUGCUCCGCUGAUACUCAACAUGUUCUUGAAACUAGUUUUUUUUCUUCAUAAAAUACGUAGACUUAUUUUUUUACUUUUAUACUUUAUCUCGACACUACCUGCCAUACCAUUUACAUACUUCUAGGCAGCGCGUAUGAAUUUAAUUAGAUUUUAUCUGACUGAGAAAUCGAUAGCGAAUUCAACAUUUGUAUGUAUACUACCUACUUACAAUUUUCUGUUGUUUAAAACUAUGUAUGUAAAUAUUAGAUGUAAGCUUUAGCCUAUCGAAGUGGCCAACUGUUUUUUUAACUCUAGCUGUCGAUCUUUUAUAUGAUUCAUUCACUAGUAAAAUUGUUGUUUGGGUGAAAUGCAACUUAGAAUUUUCAUGGCCAACUUUUCCUUAGACUAUUAUCGGUACGAGCUUAUCAUUAAUUGUGCUUUAAUGCCCGUAAGUCACAUGAUGAAACAUUUUGGAAAAAGUAUUCGUAACUUUAUUUUCCUUUUUACCGACAUAAGAAUGAUAUUAUUUCUUUAUUUGGUUAUAAACUGUGAAAACUCGAUCAUUUUACCUACCCUACGGAAAUUUAUUUAGGCGAAUAUGUAGGUUAUUCUAUUUUAUUUAUUUUUACGUGACUUGUAACAUUCGUCGUACCUAGUAGCGUUAAGCAAAGAAGUCGUUAAUAUAAAAUAAAAUAUCUAAGUUUCAUCACAAUAUCGAAAAAGUUGCACUGAUUUAAGUGCCAUUGUCAAUAUUCAUAAAGGUGUAUGUUCACUCGGUCGGAUACCUUACUUCGUAACUCAAUCGACUGGUGAACGCUCAGCUUAAGUUUUGUAUGUGUGAUACCUACGAUAAAAUAUAGGUACUAAAUAAUA